UCAACAGUCUCAAGCUUAUCCACCGAGAUCAACCGAGAUGCAGUCUACCAUAUUCUUCGGCUUGCUCAUCUGCGCCAUCGGCGCUACUUUGGCCCAUCCGAUGCCCGAAGAUAUGACCAUGAAUCCCACUCCACCACCCCAGUAUCCUCUGAACCUUCAGGGCGGAGGUGGAGGUCAGAAAGGCGAUGGAUUUGGCUUUGGUGUGCAAGGUCACGAGAAGGUAUGGACCAGCGACAACGGGCGCCACGAGAUCGGUGUAAAUGGAGGAUAUGCCCAGCACUUGGGCGGACCUUAUGGAAACUCUCCACCCCAAUGGAACGUUGGAACCAGCUACACCUACAGAUUUCCAAAUUUCUAAAAUCCAUUUAACAUUUUGAGAAAUAUAUUGCCAAAUAUUAUUAUACGUAUUCCUGUCCACAGUUUUUAUUUAUCAAAAUUGUCAUUAAAGUCUCGCUUUAAAAA